GUGUGUGUAUGUGCGCGCGCGCUUGUGCUUGAAGGGUGAUAUGAGGAGCAGCUGCCCAUGGAAAGGGCUCAGUCACAGAGUGAGCGGAGAGCGGAGCGCGCGCCUCGCCUCCAUGUCCGGGCAGCAUGAUGAUGGCCAUGAACGGCAAAGCGCACUUCAGCAGCGCGCUGGACGGCAUGCGGCGCGUGUGCCUGAACGGCCCGCAGCUCCAGGCCAAUAUAUUCGCGGGUUUCGAUGAGAGCGUGCUGGCGGCCGCCGACCUCGCCUCGUCGUGCCACGCGGCUUUCAAGCCGGACGCGAGCCGCCACGCCGCCGCCGCCGCUGCCGCCGCCGCAGCCGCAGCCAUGGCGACGCACGCGCACACGCACGCGCACGGGCCCGCAGGCAUCGGGCCUCCUCCUCCACCACCGCCACCACCUCCUCCUCCACCGUCGUCGCUCGAGGCGGAGCUGCUGGAGCACCUGUCCUCGAGUCUGGUGGACGUGCACGCGCCCCUGCACCACCACCACCACCAUCACCACCAUCACCUGCACGCGCAGCUACAGUCACCUACUACGCCCAUCCCAACACCGCCCCCGCCGCAGCAGCAGCUUCAUCAGCAGCACGCGCUCCCGACAGUGACCUCCCUGCACCUGGUGGAGUCGGACCCGCGCGAGCUCGAGGCGUUCGCCGAGCGCUUCAAGCAGCGGCGCGUGAAGCUGGGGGUGACGCAGGCGGACGUGGGCGCCGCGCUCGCCAGCCUCAACAUGCCGGGCGUGGGCGCACUGAGCCAGAGCACCAUCUGCCGCUUCGAGUCGCUCACGCUCUCCCACAACAACAUGAUCGCGCUGCGGCCGGUGCUGCAGGCCUGGCUCGACGAGGCCGAGGCCGAGCGGCGACGCGCACUCGGAGCCAACGGGGUCGCGCCUAUGGGUGGCCUCGGGGCAGAGCGCAAGCGCAAGCGCACGUCCAUCGCUGCGCCCGAGAAGCGCUCGCUCGAGGCGUACUUCGCCAUUCAGCCACGACCCUCGUCCGAGAAGAUCGCCGCGAUCGCGGAGAAGCUCGAGCUGAAAAAGAACGUGGUGCGCGUGUGGUUCUGCAACCAGAGGCAGAAGCAGAAGAGGAUGAAGUACUCAGCGACUCAGCACUGACACCAACAAGGACUCUUCAGAUCAUCAGCAAACAAAUCAACCACGCGACAGGGAUUAAACAAACACACCAUCAAAGGAAAAUAAUGACCUUCUUACAAAUAAGAAAAAACUUACCUCAUUAAAAUAAUAUUAAUAUUAAAAAACACACAGGGAAAACAGAUGGAAACACAAUCAAACUCCAUCUCAUCUCUCCAUCAAGACACUCACCAAGAACUUUUCUACAUGGAGGACUGACUAAUUCGGUGGCUGAGAUGCAAACAAAGUCGUUCAAAAUGGUUUAAGUCGAAACGAUUCAAUAAUAUAGCGAAAAAAACUUACCUGGAUUUGUUUUAUAUUAUUUUUGUUUUUUUUACAGCGGUGUUGUUCUUUGUAGUUCUGGUGAUGGGAACUAUUAGCCUCUUUAUUUAUUUACUUAUUUAUUUAUCUAAAUCCACCACUGUACUUUCUUCACGCGUCUCCUGAAUUUUGUAUGGGAUGUUGGUAAUAGUAAAAUAGGGGUGAAUUGUCUUUGGGGACUACUUUGAUUCACAGCUUCCCGCACCCUUUAUCUCUCCGCCAGGUAUUAAACCUUUUAGGGAACGAUUGAACGAUUUUGACUCGGUUAAAACGGAGCCACUCUGAUUGACUUUGUUUGCAUUUUUAGCCAAAACACUACUUUUUUAAUCAGUGAGAAAAUAAAUUACUUUAAUCCACAGGACUCUUAAACUCUACUUAUCAAACAGUCUUGAACACCUCUCUUCGCCAGGAUCCAUUAAAAUUCUAGCAAUGUUUGUUAUAACGUCUGACGUUUAAAAUCUUCUUUAUUUCUGUCCAUAUUUUCUGUCUUUUUAUUUUCAUUCAAAAACAAUAACACUGCAGGGAUGUAAACCUUCUGGUCUUACCCAGAACCCGAAAGACUUUGAAUAUUAUCUGUCCAUCACUUCGCUGAUAUCCUAUACCCCACAACCGUGAGGAGAACUUAUGCAGCUCAUUUUUUCCCUCUUUUUUUCUUCACCUCAAACUUUCAUACAGGAGGGAAGACUUCAGAAGAGAGCUGAACAUCUCAGUAUUAUCUAUCACCCCACGUUGUUUUAGAGUGUGGCUUUGUGUUCUUGACUUUGUCUGACUGGUUUCUCUGAGAGGAAGCCUUCACUGUUCACUGAUUAUCACCAGCACAAUUGUUAUUGUUGUUGUUAUUUACUGAUGUAUUAAUUUAUUUAUGUAUGUUGAGGUAUUUGCACCACCGGUUUAAAUGAAUAUGCAAAUAUGUGUGACAGGGGUAAUGAAAUAAGGAUUAUGCUGCUAUAUUUAAUAGAUUUUGUUGUUGUUGCUUUUGUUGUGGUUGUUGUGCACCUGAGAGCACUGUACGUUUUCUCACGCUCAGAUUGCACUUGACUAAACAGUGUGUGACGUUGAAUGUUGUUUA